AUGAGCGCUUCCCAGUUUACGGUCAUAAUAGUGGGAGGCGGAAUUGCUGGUCUCACGCUAGCUCAUUGCCUCCGACGAGUGAACAUAGACCACAUCGUACUUGAGAAAAGCAGUGACCUGUCGCCGCAAAUAGGUGCCUCAAUUGGGAUUCUUCCUAAUGGUGGUAGAAUCUUGAAUCAAUUAUCACUUUACGAGCACAUUGAGCAAUUCAUCGAACCUCUUGAUACAGCACACAUUACAUAUCCAGAUGAAUUCUCGUUCUCCAGCACAUUCCCGAGGCAUCUUCACGAGCAAUUCGGCUACCCUAUCGCGUUCUUCGAUCGCCAGAAGCUACUUGAGGUCUUGCAUACCCGGUAUCCGGACCAAUCUAAGAUCCUUACCAGUCAACGUGUUACCGAAAUCUGUCCCUCAGGAAGUCGUGUUAAAGUGAUAACCGAAGCCGGUGCGACAUACACGGGUGAUUUGGUGGUUGGGGCCGAUGGUGUCCAUAGCAAAGUACGCUCGGAGAUGUGGAGGAUAGCAGACGCAAUACAGCCGGGAUUGGUCACGAAGAGCGAGAGAAAUAGCACGACAACUGAGUAUUGCUGCAUAUUCGGCAUUUCGUCCUGCGUACCAACUCUGGAGGUUGGAGAUCAAAUCAAUGCCUUUCAUGAUAAUCUCACCCUUAUUGUCUUUAUUGGGAGAAAUAAACGUGCUUUUUGGUUCGUCGUAAAAAAGCUUGAUCAAAAGUACACAUAUCCUGACAGGCCCCGAUUCGGAGACCAGUACAUGAACCAAUUGUGUGAGAAGCUAUCUGAUCACCACCUCACGAAAAAUCUUACCUUCGGCCAGGUGUGGACUACUCGAAUAGUUGCCUCCAUGACGGCGUUAGAGGAGAACGUCUUUCGUACCUGGUUCCACGGCCGUAUUGUUUGCAUUGGCGACAGUGUUCAUAAGAUGACACCCAACAUUGGACAAGGAGCCAACUUAGCGAUAGAAGAUGCGGCAGUCCUGACGAACCUUCUUCACGGGGCGCUGCUAAAGGCCAGACGGCAGAGACUUCCCGAUUCGGAAGUGCAGACCCUUCUUCAAGAAUACUACUCCACCCGCUACGGUCGGGUGAAGAGAGUCUAUACUGCUUCACGAUAUAUGGUUCGCUUUCAGGCACGAGAUGGCUUCCUGAAUAGGUUGCUUGGGCGAUAUGUCCUUCCCUUUCUGGCGGAUGUUCCAGCAGUCCUAGGAACCGGGACUAUUCGGGGAAGUCCAACGAUCAAUUUUCUACCGCUUCCAGAAAAGGACGGGCCAGGGUGGAAGAAGAAUAAGCCCAAGGUAGGAAUGCAUACAUCUAUGUUCUUCGUUCUUUGCUUGGCGAUUUUGGUCUACUUGUUUCAGGGUAAAUAA